CCCGCCCUCCCUGCCGCGUCCCGGCGGCGGUGCCGAGUGCCUGAGGGCGCCGGGGCGGGUCGAGGGCUCCCGGGGGAGAAGCGUGAACUCUUGGUGGAGGAAGGGGAGGGAGCAGCGCUACCGGGGCGCUGCAGAGCCGCGGGUACCAGAAGCUGGUGCUGCAGGUGGGCCGGGGCUCGCUGCCGCAGCCCAGCAGCAGCUCGGCCGUGGCGGUGGAGGCGUUCCGCUUCAAGGACUCGCUGGCCGAGGAGCUGCAGAGCGCUGACCUGGUCAUCAGCCACGCAGGUGCUGGUAGCUGCCUGGAGACUCUAGAGAAAGGAAAACCACUAAUAGUAGUAAUAAAUGACAAGCUGAUGGACAACCAUCAGCUUGAGCUGGCCAAACAGCUCCACAGAGAUGGCUGUGUCCUCUACUGUAACUGCAGCACUCUUGUGGAGACGCUGCAGUCGAUGGACUUGUCAGCUUUGAAACCUUUUCCUCCUGGACAGCCAGAAAAGUUUGCUUCGUUCUUGGAUACAGUUUUUGGGUUACAAUAAACAAAACAGAAAUUAAAAAGUUGGAAUAAAAUAUCUCAUCUUCUUCACUUAAGAUCUGCAACUGGGCCAAACACUCAAAGAAAAUACCAUUUAAUAUUAACUGAUAUUACAUGGCUUCCAAUUUAGUGUAAAAUUCAUUUAGCUUUAUGCAUAAGAGAGUACAAUGCCAAUAAAGAGGGAGUAUGAACUGUC